CGCAUCCUCCGAUAUUGUCGGCAUCACAUCGCACAUCAUAUUCCACAUUUUGGCGUUUUUAUAUUACUAACUUCCCUCAAAAGAAACUAACAUUCGACACAGAACUUCAGCAGUUACUAUUAACUUAACUUUUUGAGUCGCAUUUUCGACCUAAAGCGACGAAAGAUAAAAUUAGAGUCUCUAUUACAUCAAUUAUUCGACACUGAGCACUUAUAGCACUAGAGAAAACUGUUGAAAACGGCAUUAUCCUGAAGAGGGAAACUGACACACCUACAAAACCCUACUCCAUUCGGCCUACUACUAGACUGCGAACCCGGCAUCCAUCUUGGCACAUGACGUCAUAGGUACACGCCUGCUUUGUGAUUAUCUCCACCCCAACCCCACUACACAUUAUAACGUUUAGAUUUGUUCAUUCUGAAUUUUACAAUAUACUUUCGAAUAAUAUGAAAUAUUUAAAAUUUUAAAACUAGCAACUUUUGAAGUCUGCUUUAUUGUAAUAAUCAAAUAUCUGUACUUGUAUGAGCAACACUGUAUCAACUAUAAACAAUUCAGUAUGGCUACUAUCACCUUAGAUAAUGAAAAUUGAAAGGAAAUCAAACACUUGCCGGUUUUAACUAACUUUUCUUACUAGUAAUGUCGAAAAGUAAAAAAACUCGUCUCACCUCUCUCAAUGCUCGUAGGAUUGUUGAAAAAGUAUAUGAUGUGACACUAUCUGAAUUUGCUGAUUCUGAUCUCCCUGCAGGAAAAGGGCGAUUGAAGAAAGCUUCAAGUGUUAUUUCCCAUGUGCGUCAAAUCAGUACCAGUGAGGAUGUUGAUAUCAUCCCUGCAGAUGAUGAAGGAGAAUUGGUUUUAGGGAAUGAAGUUGACACUUUCUCAGUAACAGCUGGUGUAAAACAAAAUAGUGAGGAAAAUAAUAAUGAGUAUACCGAAUACCCCAUAAAAAUAUGGCUUCUCCUAGCCGAGUAUAUUAGGCCCGAAGAUGUAAAAUCUUUUUCAUUAAUUUGUAAAACUACUUUAAGUGUGGUUAACACUGCCUCAUUUUGGAUUAGACUGUACAAGAGAUGCUGUAGAAAGGUGGAUAUCCCCAGGUGUCUGUCUCGCCAAUGCCUCGAUGUUAAGAAGUGUCUCAAGCAAAAAGUUGUGAGGUCACUUUAUUACUAUUACCCUCCCUAUGCUUUAUCUGUGAUCAAUAAUAAUAUGGAGUCUAAUGACAAUUUGAUUGGUACAAUGUGCCUGCACCAUGGAAUUCAGAGUUUAGAAGAAAAGGAAUCAAAUGAUGGAUUAAGGUGGCUCUACAGCUUUAAACUUUGUGACAAAGAUAAUGAGAGUUUAAAGCAAAAGAAAUCUUAUGGUAUUCAUUAUAAUCCAGAGGCAAAAUGUAGAUUAUUGAAGUUUAUUUGUAAGGAAUUCAUUGUAAUACCCAGCGUCAGAGGAAUGAGAUUACGUAAAAUGGACAGCAAUGCUAAAACUACAAUGCUAAAGUUCAGUUCUGCACCACUUUCUAAGGUUAACAGCGAAUUAGGAACUGUUACCAUUCACCUAGAUCACAUUCAAAAACCAGUCGUGAUCCCCUGGUGGCAUCCAGAUUAUUGGGACCAUAUAAAAUGUUGUAACAGAAAAUCUUGCAAGCUACCUCUCUCAUGUUAAAAUAAGUUCGAUUGUACUAUAAUUGAAGAAAACCAUUAGAAUUAUUAAGAUUUCAUCACCCUCAGUCCUUGGUGUGUGUUAUGAUAAUGUGAUAUGAUGUGUGACAAUAUUAAUUAUUUUUUUAGGAAGAAAGUUAUGUAAGUAAAUAAUCUUUCUAUAUUUGUUAAGUAAUAUCAAAGUUUAAUUUUUAUUGAAAUUAUAAAUUUCAAAUUUCGUUAUGGCUCAAAAGGUUUAGAGCCAUAUAAAUAAAAAAGGAAACCGAA